AUGCCUCGCAAAAUAGAAGAGAUCAAGGACUUCCUGCUCACAGCGCUGCAAAAGGAUGCCAAGUCUGUCAAGAUCAAGAAGAACAAGGAUAACGGGAAGUUCAAGGUGCAGUGCAGCAGGUACCUCUACACUUUGGUCAUCACCGACAAGGAGAAGGCCGAGAAGCUGAAGCAGUCUCUGCCCCCAGGUCUGGCAGUGAAGGAGCUGAAAUGAACCCAGUUGGCUGAUGCAAACUAUAAUAAAAAUGUUUUUUAAU